CCGCUCUCCUUGGAAAAGGCUUCUGGGAAUAUCAUGGCUUCUCUUCCCGCCCAGAUCUCUCCCGGAACCGCUUUGCCGAAGUACCCGAGGACGCUUGCCACUUGAUGUCCCUGGAAGGGCUCAGCCUCUACCACAACUGCCUGCGAAGCCUCCCUCCGGCCAUCGCCAACCUCCAGGCCCUCACCCACCUGAAUGUCAGCCGCAACCAGAUCUCCGCCCUGCCCGCCUGCCUCUGCCGCCUGCCCCUCAAAGUCCUCAUCGCCAGCAACAACAGGUUGGCUUCCCUGCCGGAGGACAUCGGCUCCCUGGGCAGCCUUCGCCAGCUGGUGAGUCGGCCGGAGAGCGGG